AUGCCGCAAAACUGCGCUUUCCUCAAUUGUCCACACAGUAGACGAUACGAGGGGAUAAGUUUAUUUCGAAUACCUUUUCCAAAGUCGUCGGACUCCGAGCACACAUCACUGCUUAAACUCGAGGCUAGAGAAGCUUGGAAGACUGCCAUUCUUCGUACAAGACAAGAAACAAGUGAUCUAAAGGAAAGGUUUGUGAAGCACAAUAUUUUCCUUUGUGAAGUUCACUUUGAGCAAGAUUGCAUCGAAUCAUUUCCCUUCACUGAUGCACACGGUGAUGAGAAAAUACGAAAAAGGCUUCAGACUGGAUCUGUUCCCACAUUAAAUUUGCCAGUGAAAACAUUGGAUAGUCUGCCUGGAUCUUCAACACCACAGCAAAGAAGGACUAUUGUUCGUCAUGAUGCGCCAUCUACAAGUACAGCUUCGGCGUCUCGUGCCGAUAAAACUCCAUCAUUCGACGAUUUGAAAACGUAUUUUAAACGCGAGUAUUUGUACUUGCAUGGCUGGACUGUGAACGUUUCGGACACCAACAUAAUCGUUGAAAUGCGCGAGCAAGGAUAUCUUAUCCCAAAAUAUUACAUACAAAUCGAAGAAACUUUAGAAGUAACUGUGUCUGUUUAUGGAGCUACAGUGCCUGACACAUCUGCAUUAUUUCCAACGGGUAUCUCGCGCCUAUUAUGUAAAUACAAGGACUUGCACGAUCUGUUGUGUGGUCUUGAGAUCUGCUGUGGAAUUUCCCUUAUUUCCGUCGAGCCGGAACAACGCGUUUCCGAUGAAACCUUUUUGCUUGUUAUCCCGUCAGUUGCCGCGAAGCAACAAUCUCCAGUGAAUUACUGCCAAGUAAGAAGAUCUUUAAAGUGUGAGGUACUUGUUGAACAAGGAACUAAUAAGUGUAGACCUUGUUGUAAAAUUGAUGAGAAAAUGAAAAAGGAAGCUAAUCCUGUGGUUCAUACAACUGUAUAUGGUCCUGUGACUCCUGUCUCUCCUGCAAAACGUAAAGCACCACUAAGCAAAUGUUCGUCCGCUAAACUACAGGCAACA